GUGCCACACAGGGACCCCUCAAGCCUCACGAGGACCCAUGGGGUGACCCAUCGAGGUCCCUCCUGGCGUGGGGCAGCCCCCGGCACAGCACCUGGUGCCUGGCCAGCCCUGCCUUGUGCCUGGGCUCGAUUUUUAAAUAUUUACAUGCGGAUGCUGAGAGUGUGUGCUGGGAGCAGCCAGGCUGACCCGAGACACCUCGUGUGUCGAAAUGCCUCCUCCUUCCAACAGGGAAUGAACGUAGGCUACAGCCAGCUAUUUAUAUAUUUUUCUUAAUAAAUGCUUAGCAGAGCCUAAGCGCGUGUAAGAGCAGAUAAUUCAGGGUUGUAUGGGCUGGCCUCGCUGUUGCAGCAGGACACCAAGCUGGGAGACUUUUCCUUUAUUACCAAGCGCCGGCUCUGUGUCAUAGUUGCCCUUUUGAACAUAAACACUGGGACGGUGCGCUGGAAUCCAGGGGUGGUUACUGGGAGGGUUUUACUGGGAGUCAGCAGCCUUGUAAUGUGGCUUGAGGUGGCCAGUGAGUCACCUUCCUCUUCUGCUCACCGGAGCAGAUCCAGGUACUGACACAGGCUUGGCCAAAGCCGAGAGCUGCUGUCCUGUUUCUUGACAAAGCCAUCACCACUUGUGAAGCUUUAAUUACAGUGUGGCUGUCAUUAAGGUUGUGUCAAGACCUAAUGUGUUUACACUGCAUCGGAGCAUAAUGUGCAGUCAGCAGAGUUCAAGGAGUCAGCCCUGCUUGCCUCGGGUCCUCCUGGGCUGGUUUCUCAGUGUCUGGGUCAAAGGAAAAUACGGGUGUGGGUGUGUGUGGAGAAAAUGUAAUUUUGCUCCUGGGAAAACUUUGGUAUUUCCAGCCCUUAGUGUUGUCCACCCAACUCUCCAUUUUCUGUUUGAAGCUUGUGUCUUUUGUCAUCGCAUAGCUGCUGUGGUGAGGUAUAGCCGUGAAGGGGUGGUUUUAUUUGGAAAAUAAAUGCAUGUUGAUUGACAGGUGCACACUAACAUAAAUUAAUAAGAUUUUAUAUUUUGUAGUUUGUGGGGGAGGUUAUCAGUACAUUAUUCAGCUGCUCAAAGGGAGGCAGAUGUAGCGGCAUGCUUCCCAGAGCGAUGGCCCUGUUUUGGUCGGCGCUAAGCUGCCUUUCGCUGAACAUGUAGUUUGUGUUUUGGAUGCAUUUCGAAUAGGGCCUUCUCUGUCCCCAGGGCAGAGAAUGCGCAGAAUGAAUCGUGGCACCAAAACCAUACGAGCUCAGGAUGCUCCUAGAAAUCAUGCGGGUUAGAACAAAAGUGCCCAGUGCUGGCUUGCAUUAAAGGCAGAGGAUCUGUGCUCCCCUCACUGCUGCUGUGGGUCUGCAGUUUUAGGGACCCGACAAAGCCUGACAUCUUAUAAAAUCCCUUCCCUGGUGCUGGUGUCUUGUAACUUCAGGUCUGAAUGUCUAACUGUAGCGUGGUGCUUGAGCGUUCAUUUCCCUCUAAGUGUUUCUCUGUAGCAGAUUUCUGAAUUCAUCUCCUUCAGCUAAUGCUCAUUAGUUUUGAAUUUUCUCUGAAGCAAAGUGCCUUUUCCUAUUCUCUGUCAUUGCUUCAAAGUGCACCUUCAAAGGACUGAAGUGCAAAUUCGAUGGAGAGGUGGAUUUGUGUGCUCCGUUCGCUUCCUUUGUUUUCCCGUACCAGCUGGUGAGGAGGAGGAAGCCAGCAUUUUCCAGGCAGCCUUUCCUAUCAGUUCUGUGGAGUUGGGAACUCUGUGGCUCCAGUGAUAGACAAAAAAGUAUUGGUGUGCGGUGCUGCUAAUUUUCGUUGCUGGCCCUAAUGUGGUUUGAAUGUCAUGUAGUGGUAAUUAAGGACGUGGGAUAGCAGCAUGCAGGUGGUGUUUUUGCAGUGUAGGAUACCGUGAGCACAUACUUAAUAUGCAGCACUUAAUGUUCUGGCGCUGCAUUAAGUGGGAUGGGAUAAGGUUCUGCCCAACGAAUGUCCUUCCUGGCAUGCUCCAGUCACAGGCUGGUAGAGGUGAGUGGAAAUCCCCAGACGGUCUGCAAGGCUUGAUUUGGCUCUCCUUGUGUUGAUUAGGGGUUCCUUGGCUUAAGAGGUAUUAAGAUAGCUACUGAAAAGAAGCUGGAAUGAAAGGUGGUACAAGCUUCGCUCCAAACCAGGGAAAAAGGAAAAGGAGAGAGGGGAGAUUGAAGUAGAUAUCCAGUUUAUGAGAAGCAACAUGACAGCCAGUAUGUUUGACCUGUCCAUAAAAGACAAGCCUCGCUCUCCCUUUGGCAAGCUGAAAGACAAGCUCAAGGGGAAGAGGAGCAGUGGCCUUUCUGACACGGCGUCGGCGAUCGUUCCCAGCACAACUCACUCCCCUGCUGACAGUGAAGAUGAGUCAGUUGAGAAGGAAAAGAAGAAAUCAAAGUUCAAAACCCUGUUUUCCAAACCUGGCCUGCAGAAGACCUCCCUCUCCCAGUCCAUGUCAGUCCUACCGACACAGCAGCCCGUCACCGAGAGGGUUCGGCUGCGGCCCAGCGACUUCCAGUCAGAAUGGGAUGACGAGGAGUCCGAGACCUCUCCAACCUCAGAAAAAGCCUUUGGGAAUGUCCUGGAAGAGAAGUCCUCUCUCUCUCCUGUAUUUAAAUCUCGUAAAACGGCAGCUUUGGACAGCAGGCAACUAAAUCAAGUAACCGCUAACUACACCAAGAAAGAAGGGCUGUCUUUAUUCAGUGGCCUUAAAUCCAAAAGCGAUCCCGUUUCCAAGUCUAGUCUGUGUAUCAACGGCAGCCACGUUUAUAUGGAAGAAAGCACAACGAAGGACAACACUCCAGCCUCUUCCCCUUCUCCUCACAACUUCAGAAGGAAGCAGCUCUUUGCUUCUGAAGAGAACCUGUCUUCCAGAUCUACUAAAGGACCUGAAGAGACAGGAAGAACAUCUCCUAGUCAUGCUUUCUCUGGGUCUGCAUCCUUGGAGACCUUUAAAUCUAUGACUUUGCCAUCAUAUAAAUUGCUGAGCAGUGAAGAAUACCUGGAAACCAGCGUUCCUCCAAGUGUUGAGGUUAUUAAAGAGACCAAAAAACCGGACCACAAAAAGUCUGCCUUGCUCUCUCUGGUCACUGGGAAGAAGGAACAAGUGAAGAACAGUGAUGCUGAGAAUAUGCCUGACAGAGCCCUGCAGGAUGAGGAGAACAAAGUUCUAGAGGAGAAGAGUGAACAAGAGGCCAAACGUCUUGAAAUUCCAGCAAAUUUAGGCAGAGGGAAUCCACCAGAAGAUGGUCACCACGCAGAAGACGUCUCUGCAAAUAAGCAGCCUCUCAACCCUUUUGAGGAAGAACGGAAACCUGAAAAAGUUGCCGCGCCGGCGAAGACGAAAGCUGUCAAGCCCAGACUGGGCGUGUCUUCAGAGGAGGAAACCAAAGCCACGCUUCCUACUCCUGCACCUGAUUCCCUUCCUGCUUUUCUUUCUGUACACUGUAUCAGUAGUAACAAUAAUCCUUUUAUUUCUAAAACGGGGCAGAAAGUCCAAGUGCCAGACUCUGAAAACAUUACUAGUUCUCCGGCAUCUCUUACUUCUCCUUCCGCUGCAGAGCUUUUGAAUGGCAAGAACCCGUUUGCUCCUGAGUGGGGCAGGGCACGUGCAACCCUGGAUCCCGAAAGCAUUGCCCAUUUCACUUCGUCCCAUCAUCUUGCAGCCCCUGUUCCCGAAAUGCCUCCUCCUGGGCAGGUCUCUGGUAGUGGCAAUAAUCCUUUUGCUUCUGAAUGGGGGCAGAACUUAUGGGGCCAAGGUCCUGAAAGCACUGAUACGUGGGCUUCCCAGGCUCUUUCUCACUCACCUGCACCUUCUCCCCCCUCUGACUGUCAUUUUAAUGACAGUAAUCCCUUUGUAUCCAAGCUUGGGUGGGAAGCAGAUGCGCCGGGUUUCAAAGCUGUUGCCAGUUCUUCAUCUUUGUGCCUUCCUUUUGAUGAAGACUGUUCCUCAGCAGAACGCCCUGCUGAGCUGAAACACUCUGGGCAUGAUGCUUCAGAGAGCUCUUCAGAUGUGGCUUUAACGAGUAAUGUCAAAGCUGUAUCAAACCCUCUCUGCAUCCUUUCUGACAACCCUGGCCUGGCUCCAAAGAAACAGUGCGAUUCUCUUCAGGUUGAGAUUUCUUUGAAAAGAAGUAAGCUAGGCAACAGGAAAUCUGUGUCCUUUCUCCGUGAUGGAUCAGAGGGCAUUACGUCAGGUGAUGAGGAUUUGGGUGGGCAGGAAUGUGAAAAGCAGUGCUCUGAUUUCAGUGAAAUCUUACUUACGUGUUCAGAUGCAACAGGAGAGCAAGCAGGGUUUGCUCGCCAAGUGGAAGCAGGGUGCUACCCAUCAUCAGAACUCUCUAGUGACAGCAUAGGUCCCAUCCAAAACAGAGAGACUGCUGUUGAGGCUGGUGUGGAAGUAGGCGGUGUAGGUACUGAACCCUGCACCAAGGACCACAAAGGCUUUGCGUCUCCUUCCAAGUGUAGUAAUAGCCUCUUGCCAGAGAUCGGUGCUGAGCAGCCACCUUCCCCAGAGAGCCAACUGAAAGAGAAGCAGGAGAUCUUUGGUGAAAAGAGAUGGGAAGAACGUGCACCCAUGCUAGAGCCCCAAGCAGCUCCACUUGCUAAAAAAGACUCAUUUUCUCAAGUAGGACCUGCCAAACCAACCUGGGGAGCUUGCACGCCGUCCCCUCAGGAAGCCAAUGUAGGGAGGGCUGACAGUGUCACACCAAAGCCAGCACCACAGUUAUCUUUAUCACUGAAGAAGUGCCCACUGGUUUCUCAGGCUGAUGAGUUAAGUGGUGAUUUGCCUUCUUCAGGCGGCGGUGUAAAAUCUGUGUCCCCAUUACCUAAUGAUAAAGCCUCGGAUGCUUCUGGGUGCCUCCCCCAAAGUGGCUCAUUGCAGACUGUCACUCCUCCAGUGAUGCUUGGAGAUGACAGCAGUAAUAGGCAUUUAAAAAACGAAGGCAACGAUGAUUUAUUCGACUGUCUUACAAAUCUAAAGUGUGCCAUUCCCGUUACUGGAGACCGUGGUUUGAAACUGACCGGUCUUCCAGUUAUUCCAGAAGGAGGCUCUGAUGACGAGCUGCUGGGUGACUGUCAGGAGAACUAUGGUGUCGAUGCAGGUGAUAAAAACAUUUCAGAAACUGGAAAGCAGUCUCUAGAUUUAAUGCCUCUGCAUGAAGAACUGAAAGAGCACUCCGAUAGCUCUGCUGCAACCCAAGUAACCUGGGCUGCUCCAGGAGGAGGAAGUGCUUGUAAGCCAAAAAAAUCACCCAUGCUGUCUGCUAGAGUGGAUGUUCUUGGUGUCGAUAACCAGGUAGCUGACUCAGCCUUAGGUAUGACGUUUCAUUCCACAGAGCAUAAUAGUAAUUUUGAGAAACAAGAACUGAAAAUAAGUGCAGGUGUCAAGGAGUGCGCAGAGUGUGACUUCUUUGAGCCUUCUGUUUCCUCUUCCUCCCUGUCAAGUCCUUCCCAGCCCUACUCUUCCUCUCAAGCCCUUCUCUCUGACACCCCAAGUCAUAGAGCAGAGUCUCCGAAAAAGCCAACAGCCGAGGGCUUCGCAGAUAAAGCAGGAAAUUCUGGCAAGAAGAAGCUUCUUCAGGCAUGGGUUUCACCCUCUGAAUCAUAUCCUAACCAAACUCAGCAGAGUGGUGAAACCGUGUCUCCUAAGCACAGACUCCAUCCUGUGAAGCCAAUGAAUACCACAGCAAACAAGCCUCAAAGUAAAAACCUGAAUGUCAUCAGCACUAUGAGUGAAAAGCUGCUCGAGAUGAAUGUGAAGAAAUAUGAUCCUUCAGAUCCUGCCUAUGCUUAUGCUCAGCUAACGCACGAUGAGCUGAUCCAGCUGGUCUUGAAACAGAAGGAUACAAUUACCAAGAAGGAUCUCCAGGUGCGUGAGCUUGAAGACUACAUCGAUAACUUGCUUGUCAGAGUGAUGGAAGAAACCCCAAACAUUCUUCGUGUUUCAACGUCUGGAAACAAAAAAGCUGGAAAGAUGUAAAAGCUCUAGGGAGGUUGGUUGAACAAAGGACUGAAUUCACACCAGUGGAGUUUGAUUAAUAAGGAGACGAUGUGAGGCAGGUGGUACUGGUUGUGCUGCCCAAGAAAAUGACCUCUUUCCUGUUUCUGCCUUGAGCAACUCUCAGUUUCAUCAGUAGUUACAUCAAGUUUUGCAUGUGGAGUCCAGGAGUGGAGUCAACUUACCGUAUUUAUUUUUUGGUUUCUUUCCAUUAUUUGGGAAGACUUGUUCAGGCGUCUAAUCCAAAGGCUGAUUGCGAUAGGAAGGGUGAAGGGUUUUUGAAGUGUUUUGCUUGCCAGCAAGGCACUGAUGAUCCUUUUAUGAAGAUUUUUUUUUUUAAUGGUUUUAUUUUGUAGCAGCUUUGAUAGGUCAAUUAUUCUUCUUUCCAUAUCUUGAGUUGUAGUGCAAUAUAAAAUCUUGUACGGUAGAGUCUGAGGAUUUGAUUAUUGUUUUUUUUAAAAAUAAUACUGAUAACUACACUGGAGAAGUCCAAAGUGCUUCAGACCAGGGCUGUGAGGGCUGUAUUUUAAAAGUAAUUAAUGCCCUACAAGUUGAAUGCAAAUUAAACCUUAGAUUGGAAAGGAAGAAGCAAAGCUUAGUUAAUCUCAUAAAGUACAUAUUGUUUCAAAGCAGUUCUCCAAGGGGAAGGUUUACAGGCAUUUUUUGGUACAGGAAACAUUGAGAUGUCAUGGUAUGUUUGUCUACCAUAGGAACAGAAUUAAUGAAUUUGGGCCGAAGGUGCAUUUUAAAUCAGAAGCUGUUCUCUUACAGACUUCAAAUUCCUGAUUCAAAGGUUGUUCAAAUGAGGGAGGCAAAGGUACGCUUGGUUUCUGUCCUGUAGUCUUAAGUAGGUGUGGAUUUCACAGGACACGUGCGUUGCCAUGUCUUUUGCUGUAUGGGAGCUCUGUGAUGAUUUUUCUUCUACACCAUUGCAGUUUAUUAAAUUUAAAUACCUCGGAUUUUGGAGCUGGGGUUUACCUUGGAACGACCUUAGAGUGAUCAGUCUUACAACACUAUUUUAUGCAUUCCUUAUACAGCCAAGAGAGGAACCGAAUUGCCCUCCCCUGCGGAUGGGAGCCCUCAGCGCUAGUGCUCAAACCUGACUUGCUUUUCUUUGGGACUUGCUGCUCAGAAUGGAAUGAGAAUUUUGUGUAGCUGAGAAAGAAUGCUGGUUUUGAUAGGCAAUCGAUACCUCUGUCUGCUUCCUUCAUGUGUAGCUGCUUUGCAGCUCGACAGAGACAGGUAUGUUCUCCUCCCCAUCUCAUUGGACAGCAAGUAACAGCAUAGCGCUAUCAGCAAUCACCACACCAGGCUUCCUCCACUGAAAAACUAAAUGUAGGGGUUUGGUUUUGGGAUCUUUUUUUUUUUUUUUUUUUUUUCCAAGCUCUUGUCAAAGAUCAAAAAAAUCAGAUGCCUGUUUGCAUCUCUGGGAUUUAUCAGGGUUGUGAGAGUCCAUAAAAGGCUUAGAAGAAAGUUGAAAUAGCAGAGGACCAAAGCAAACACUCCUACUUUCAGAAGUUGAAAGGGUCUGUUGGAUCACUCCUGGCUUAGCUUGAAAGGGGUGAGUUUCUAACUCAGUUUUUCUACAGCAAAGCACUUUAUUGAGGGACUAAACCAGAUGGAUUGACUAUCAACCUGUUAGCAGUCGUCUUACUAUUUUCAUAAAACACUGAAAGUUGCUGGAGACUUCUCAAAUACUGUAUUUUUGUAGUGAAGAGUAGUUUAAUAUAUUUGCCUAGAGAUGUAUACAUUUAUUGGAAAAUUCAACAAAUGUUAAUUACAUUUUUAUUACUGUAAACUGACUUACUACCAAAGUCUGGAGCUUUUCUGACAGAGCUGUCCUUCACGGGAAGCUUGAGUUGAAACAAGCAUUAAGAACCUUCAAAGACUUCAGGUACUUUUUUUUCUAAAUUGAUGUAUUUGAGCAGAUUUCUUCAGUGAAGGGGUUUUCUUUCCUGCUGUACCCUCUUCUGUGAAUGAAGGGUCUGAAACACAGAAGGUCUUAGUGGCAUCUUCAGCUCUUGGCUGGUGGUUUUAAUUUUGGGUGGUACUGGUUGGCCUUACUGAAAACUGCUGCUGCUUCUUGUGCCUUGAAAUAGUGAGGAAGAUGAAGGAUUAAUUUGUUUCCUCCUUGUGCCGCAGUGGAUCUCUGAAAAGAAACGGUUGCCUAUACCUCACUAAUAAACUAGACUUUAUUCCAUAGCUUUCUGAUGUUCUAGGUCAGAGAGUCAGAAAAACCAGUUGUGCCUUCGAGCGGUGACAUAAUGGUUCAAAAACUGCAUUAUCGGUAGUUGUAACUGGACAUGUGGGAAGCUUUUUUUGCUGGCCUCAUUUGAAAACAAUACAAGUACUACUGAGUCGCUGGCUGCUGAAGGCACUGCGGUGCCGUGUGCGAUGCUUUUGAAGUAUGGAUUUUAGGAAGUUUGGAUCACGUGCCUUUGUGUUGGCCAGAAUAUGUGUCUUGAAGCUACAUGCACAGAAACGAAGUGAUAAUACGCGUUCUUAGCAUUCUCCUUAGAGAUGAAACCUUAAAACCUGUGCUAUCCUCUCCUGGCAGCCUUUUUUGCCAGUUAUGGCCCUGUCCUCUGAGGUGGACCUCAGGUUGUGUCUGGCUGUUGCCCCUGGGGCUGUUCUCUCUGGUGGUUGCAGUGUCACACCUUCUGCCCAAGUAGCACAGGUGCUGCUGCAGGGUCACGGUCCUGCACCAGCCACACUUCUACUUCCAUGGCCGUGAAAGCAUCGCACAAACCUUGUACCUCAGUCUUUUAUUGGCAAUACUAGUUAAAGCCUUUCUUUGGCAUAAGGGGACUGGCAUUUUAUGUGCAGCAAGGUGCUUCACCUUGACUUUAAGAGCCGUAAGAAUCAAGUGUAUUGUUUUGUUAUUGAAGGUUCUGAAUGUAUUUUUCCUUGUUUAUGCUGUCUGCUUUUAGCCUGGGUGCCUAUUUGUUUUUAAAUGCCUUUUGCUUUCAUGGAACACUAAAAUAAUUAUACUUUAAA